AUGUCCUCCCCCACCAACACCACCACCCCCACCAUCACCCCCCGCAUCAUCAUCCACGGCGGCGCCGGCAACAUCUCGCGCGCCAACCUGCCCGACCCCUCGCACGCCGCGUACCGCGCCUCCCUCCGCCGCAUCCUCUCCCUCGCGCGCGCCGAGCUCGCCGCCUCCGACCCGCCCGCCACCGCCCUCGACGUCGCCACGCGCGCCGUGUCGCGCUUCGAGGACGACGCGCUGUUCAACGCCGGCCGCGGCGCCGUCUUCACGCGCGGCGGCACGAACGAGCUGGAGGCGAGCGUCAUGGUGUCGUCGGUUGGACGUGGUGGGUAUAGGAAGAGGGGCGCUGGGUGCAUGUUGGUGCGGCGGGUGAAGAAUCCGGUUUUGUUGGCGAGGGAGAUCUUGGUGAGGUCGGCUGAGGGGGCGGUAGGGGAGGAGAAGGUGGGUGGUGGCGGGGCGCAGGGGCACGUGCAGUUGUCGGGGAGUUAUGUGGAGGAGUUGGCGCGGGGGUGGGGGUUGGAGAUGGUGGAGCCGGGGUACUUUUUCACGCAGCGGAGGUGGGACGAGCAUGUUAGGGGGCUGGAGCGGGAGGAGGGGGCGGCGGUCGCGAGCAGUGAAGAUGUGGAGGCGCCGCGGGUGUUGAUGGGGGAUGGUGAUCCCUCUUGGGAUGGCAAGGAGUACCUCCCGCAGGGCACCGUCGGCGCCGUCGUGCUCGACCGCUUCGGCACCAUCUGCGCGGCCACGUCGACCGGCGGCCUGACGAACAAGCUGCCCGGCCGCAUCGGCGACACGCCCACGUUUGGCGCGGGGUACUGGGCCGAGGAGUGGAUCGAGGACGACGACGACGACGACGUCGGCGAGGGCGACGGGUCCUCCUCUGCCGCUCCCCCAGUCUACUCCAGCACCAUUCCUACGAUGUCCUACCACCCCGCCGCCGCCUCCGCCGCUGCGCGCUCCCCCAUGGACAAGCUUUCCCGCGGCGACAUCGCCAGCCUCCUCUCCGACUGCCUUCCCUCCCUGUCCCCUGCAGCCAGCCCUUCCCCCGCCGACGAGAAACCCCACCCCCCUCCUCGCCGCCACCGCCUCCGCCACGCCGUCGGCAUGUCUGGCACCGGCAACGGCGACUCCUUCCUCCAAGUAUGCGCCGCGCGCACCGCCGCCGCCAUACCGCGCUUCUCGUCUUCUUCUUCUUCUUCCCCUCAUACCAAAAAGUUUCUGCGAGACGGCAUGGCGCGUGUGGCUGGGCCUGGUGGGGAGUUGCAGCGCAGUGCGGGGGAGAGGUGGGGGGUCACGGGGGAGGGGGAGGGGGGGAUUAUCGGGAUUGAGGUUGUGGUGGCCGAGGGGGAUGGGGAGGAGGAGGGCGAGGGCGAGGGAAGGCGGCAGGUGAGGAGUUGGGUUGGGUAUGAUUUGAAUUGCGGUGGGAUGUUUAGGGCAUGGGUUGAUGGGGAGGGCAGGGAGAGGGUGGCGGUGUUUGCGGAUGAGGAUGGGUUGGAGGGGGAGGAACGGUGA